AUGGGAGAGACCAAGACAUCCAAGGUGGGUGAGAGACUCCUUGCUAAGGCCAAGGCUACACUACCUGGAUUUUCGUCCAAGGGGCUAUCCAUUGAAGAAGGGGAAUCACUACUAGAGAGGAGUGUCAAAUUGGCAGUUGAAGCCCGUGAUAAUUUCUGGAAUUCAGUCAAAAGAAAUUCUGGGAAUAGAUAUAGAAGAGCUUUGGUUGCAGCCUCCAUUGGAAGCUAUGGAGCUUACCUUGCUGAUGGCUCAGAAUACAGUGGUUGCUAUGGACCAGAUGUUAAUUUAAAGGAGUUGAAGGAUUUUCAUCGCCGCAGAUUGCAAGUUCUCAUUGAAGCUGGUCCAGAUUUGCUUGCUUUUGAGACCAUUCCAAACAAACUUGAAGCUCAGGUCUUUUUAAUUUUUUGUUUUCUUUUUUCUUUUUCCAAUAAGCAUGUUUCAUAGAAGUAUACCUUGAUGUAAUUUCUUAAAUUAAAAUUACUGCAAUCUAUUUACAGCACAAAAUUACAAUUCUUCUACUUUGUUGUUCAUCCACUUCUCUCACGUUUCUAUAAUUACAUUUUGUAUUUUAAAAUCAAUAUGUUCAUCUCUUUGACAGCCCUACCAUAUUGGUUCUCUAAAUUCAAUAAACAUACCAACUCUUUAUUUAUUUUAUAAUAUGUAUUCUUUUUCACAUAGCGUAGUCUCUUUCAUUUGGCAUUUUUGUAAUGGUAGUUGUGUGUGCUCCAUCAUGAUCAAUUAAUGGAACAACUGACAUAACAUUUGAAACCAUAAUUUGUAAAUUAAAUAAAUUCC